AUGCCCUCGCCCAACAUGGCGGUCUUUUGUCCCCGCCCCUUUGACUUCCCCCUGUCGGGUUACUGCAGCCAUUCUGCAGCAAUCCCGAGAGCAAUGGCGGUUUUUCGCAGACUCCGCGACCGGCUGAUAUGGCGACUAAUAGCCCCCACCCACUUGGGUUUCAACCUUAACCUUCGCCCCCUGGGCUCCUCUGCACAAGAGGAGGCCUCCAGAGCAGCCCCUAGCAAAGCCCCAGACCACAACUAUGAGACCCUUCGGGUGACAGUUGCCCAGAGACACGUUCUGCAUGUAGAGCUAAACCGGCCGGAGAAGAGGAAUGCCAUGAACAAAGCCUUCUGGAGGGAGAUGGUGGAAUGCUUCAACAAGAUAGCCCAAGAUGCGGACUGUCGGACUGUGGUUAUCUCUGGUGGAGGAAAAAUGUUUACUGCAGGUAUUGACCUCACGGACUUGGGUCCAGAAAUCCUUCAGGUCCAAGGAGAUGAUGUGGCCCGCAUCAGCUGGCAACUCCGUCUUCUUAUCUCCAGAUACCAAGAGAGCUUCAAUGUCAUUGAGAAGUGCCCUAAGCCCGUGAUCGCAGCCAUCCAUGGGGGCUGCAUCGGCGGAGGCAUAGACCUCAUCACUGCCUGUGACAUCCGGUACUGUGCCCAGGAUGCUUUCUUCCAGGUGAAGGAGGUCGACGUGGGUUUGGCACCCGAUACGGGAACACUGCAGCGUCUGCCCAGAAUCAUCGGGAACCAGAGCCUGGUCAACGAGCUGGUCUUCACCGCGCGCAAGAUGAUGGCUGAUGAAGCCCUUGGCAGUGGGCUGGUCAGCCGGGUGUUCCCAGACAAAGAGGUCAUGCUUGACACAGCCUUCGCCCUGGCGGCGGAGAUUUCCACCAAGAGCCCUGUGGCGGUUCAGAGCACCAAAGUCAAUCUACUCUACUCCCGCGACCAUUCGGUGGCUGAUGGCCUUAACUACAUGGCUUCCUGGAACAUGAGCAUGCUGCAGACCCAGGACAUCAUGAAGUUCAUCCAGGCCAUGAUGGAGAAGAAGGACCUGAAAACCUUAACCUUCCCCAAGCUCUAAGAGCCCCCACAUCACAGGCCCUGGCCUUGCGCAGCUCAUACCUGUGUUUCUUCAUCCACAGAGAGGGAGGAUUAGUGAAAAUGGUCACCUCACUUCCUUCUCGCCCAGCCUCCCAGUUUAUAAUUUUAUGACAUUGAUUCCCUCAUGCCCACGCGCUUAUCUUCAGCCCACAAACAAUAAAACAAUGUCAAGAA